GAUGCAUUGAUCUUGAAGGAACUGGAAGACAGAGGACUAGGGAUAUAUGAGAUUGAUUAUAACAAUCCACGCAAAGUCAAGGCACUGGUUAACGCCGUCAAUGAUAUAUACAACUCAAGGCACUACUUUGCCAGUAAUGUACACAAAUAUCAAAUAGGCACCAAUGGGAACGCGGUUAUAUUAAAAUGCGUGGAAAAUGGCGUACCAGAGGCUAAUUUCAAGUUAUUCGUUUUUGACCCUGAUAAGGGUACCGCCAUUGAUACCACUGGCAUGGAGCUGGUAACCAGCUCAAGCCAUCGUAUGAAGGAUCUGAAAUAUCGAGAAGAACGUAGUGAUAGAUUAAAGGCAAUGGUCUAUAGUACCAAGAAUGUACUUUUGAAUCUUGAUCCCGCCUUUUUCCGCAGCAUCCAAAAGUUAGGUAUCUGGAAAAACCUUGAAUACACCAUAUGGCGCACCGCCGAUGGACAAUUACAUAUGCACUGUUAUUGUGACGGCCCGGGUAUCACCCGUACCGUGGAUUACACGCUGUCCAACAUCUUAUCCAAAGAGGGCGCUAAGCUAAACAUCGCACUUAGGGACAACGACUUCUUAGGAUCAGGGCUGCAGGCUGAGAUAAUGACUCAAGUUGGUUUGCGAGACUGGUAUAAGAUGUCGUCUAACCACACCAUGAGCGCCAAUAUGACCUAUAACACAUUGAAAAAGACCAUGUGGUCAGAUCGAUCGGGUGAUACAAUGGCAUUCACAUUGGCAUGUAAUUGCGGAAUGGAUGAUGUAAUGCGCUUUGUAAAGCCAGGGGACGUAAAUGAAGCGGGUGGUGGCUCCAAGAGUAGUGUAAAAGGUAUUAUGCUAUUCAAGGCCGGUGCUACCCGCGGGAAUGUAACCGUAGGACUUGAUACCCGAACAAUGCAAUUCAGCACAGACACACAGUCAGAGAUACGUAAGAGUCACAAGGUACCCAUAGCCAUCAAGCAUACUUUAUUGCUAAAAUACCCACGGAAGGUACCACUCAACAGUAGUGCUUCCGAUAAUCUAUAUCUCAACUCCAAGGCAUCGGCAUCCACUGCACUGGGCGACUAUAACAUAGAUAUAGGAUUGGGAAUGGGCACCUCAACGGAUAAAAGCGGGUUCCGAGGUAACCUAGCUGAAGGAAAGCGUUACCUCAUGAUAGCAGGCGAUGUCACACGCCAGUGGUCACAAAAACACCUGUGGAAUACCAUUAAACCAGGUGUGUUCCUGGAUGUGCUGUACUCCAUUAACGGCAUGAACUACCCUCAUGGCCGGCAUCACUUUGCCGUGUCCGCCGGUGUUAUCGUCAGGGUGCUUGGAAUUGCUAUCGCAAUAUCACUUUCGGAAAUCCCUCGUAAUAUGGGCAGUGGCUCAGCCGAUCUCCUGAAAUCACUACAGGAAAGUUUUUACGUAUCAAGCUGAUGGGUUAUCUAGCGUGAUGCCUAGAUUACACGUAGAUCCACUUCG